AUGGCCGCCUCGUUGGUCUCUUCAACCCUAACUCCCUCAUCUGCCCCUCCAUUCCCUCCCAAACCCCACAACCAUUUUCUCUCUCCUCGUAGUUUUAUGGCUUUUUCUAGAGAAGCCAAAACCUGGCACCACCAAAAGAGAAACAUAGGCUUAUCCAUCAAAGCGCAAACUCUGGACUUCUCGGGAACGUUCUUUGAAGGAGGAGGAUUCGGAGUAGACGAUGACCCACCAACCACAGCCGGGUCGGUCAUUUCGGCUGUUGAAGACAAAGAGGAGCCUCAGUGCCCACCUGGCCUUCGACAAUAUGAAACCAUGGCCGUCUUCAGGCCCGACAUGUCCGAAGACGAAAGACUUACUGUUACCCAGAAGUAUGAAGAGUUGCUUGUUGCUGGGGGUGGCAUGUAUGUGGAGGUGUUCAAUCGAGGGGUCAUUCCGCUUGCCUACAGCAUCAAGAAGAGGAACAAAGCAGGUGAGACCAAUACUUAUUUAGAUGGCAUCUACCUAUUGUUCACUUACUUUACCAAACCUGAAUCCAUGGAAGUUCUCGAGGCAACACUGACAGUGGAUGAUAAUGUUAUUCGAUCAUCGAGUUUCAAAAUAAGGAAAAGGAAGUACUAA